CGAAAGAUGAAGCGAAGGUCGAUAGCAACCUCCAGCAGCUAUGGCUAUGGCGCUCAGGAACAAGAAGACAGGCUAAGUUCGUUGCCGGAUGUUCUUUUGAUUUACAUACUAUCUUAUAUUGACACCAGGUUAGCAGUUCAAUCGUCAAUCUUGUCGAAACGAUGGGUAAAUCUCUGGACUUUGCUCCCUGUUCUCAAUUUUGAUUCUUCCUUUUUCGAAGAGGAGCAAAAUUAUACCCUAGAUAACUUUACCUUCGAUAAGUUCAUUGAUAAGGUAUUAGCUUACCGUAAUGGGUCAAUUAAGAUUGAUAAUGUCAGUAUUAAGGUUACCGAUCAUAAAACCAUGGCUAGGGUUUUUCGUUAUGCUAUGUCACAUCGUGUACCCAACUUGAGCAUUGAUACUUCCCAAAACCUAAGUAAAUACCAUCCAAUUUCAUGCGCUGAUUCGAGUGAUUCAUUGAUGAGUUUUACACUGAAAGGGAUGCUUAAUUUUGGUAGAUUUCCAAAAUUUUCAGGGUUGGUUAGUUUGCGACUUGAACGGGUUAAGAUAAUUGAAUCCGAGCCUUUUUCGUGUUUCCCCAAUUUAGAGAAGUUGUUUUUGGUGAAUUGUAAGUUGCCGUUUGAUUUGCCUGCUUUGGAAGUGAUUGGUUCUCGGCUGUCUAGAUUGACAAUCUCCUCGUGCUUUUAUCAUCCGAUUCCUUAUGAGAAACUUGUGCUUCUGACUCCAAAACUUGUGUUGCUCGAGCUUGAUGGCCUUAUUCCAAUGUCAUUUGAGGCUUCUGAGCUUCCUUUUCUGGAUACUGUACAUAUCGAUUGUUGUUUUUCAUUUCCGCGAGUUGCUAGCGCUCACCAACCUGAUGAGAGCCAGCAGAAGCUUAAUCUGAUCAAUAUCCUUCGGUGUCUUGGAAAUGCUAAAUCUGUUCAUCUUUCCCCCUCAACUGUUAAGCUCCUCGACCUAUCUCAUGGCAUGCUUGUUGAAGAAACAUGCCCAUUUGGGAAUCUAAAGUUUUUGAACCUCAUCCCACCACCAAACAAACCGGUCGAACUUCUUCCUCAUGUGGAGGCCUAUUUGCUUAAGGAUUGUCCCCGUGCCGUUGUCACCACAUUGCCCAGGUGAUGAACAAUGACCCAGGAUAGAAGCAUGCUCAAUUUUGCUGAAUAUUGUAUGCUGUUAGAUAUAUUUACAAAGGAAGUGAAUAUGUGUGUGUAUGUUUCCCUUGUUCAACAUGAAUCAAAUGUAAUGGAUUCUAGUUUUGUUUUUGUUAUAUGGGAAUUGAUUUGGGAGACAAAUGCGAUUCAAAA